AUGGGCACCUAUCUGGAGCCAGGAACCUUCAACAUCAUCACCCCUGCUCUGCAUGAGCCUAUCACGACCCACCGCAAGAAGAAGUCGCAGUCUCGACAGCACCACGGUCCACCUGUUCAGAUCAUUUCUCCAGCANAACCCCCUCGCGGCACCAGUCGCCCCAUCUUGAGUUUGCCCACUGAGCUACUGGUUGACGUCAUCGGGUAUGGCAGCCAAAGAGACAAAUUGGCUUGGAUGUUGGUGGGUCGCAAAUUCAUCGACCCCGCCGAGCGCGCACUCUGGCGCGUCUGCAGUCGUGCUGGGUUCUUCCAACUCAUGAGCAUGGAUGGCGAGAAGAGAGGACGUCUUGUCAAGAUGAUAAGUCACCUCGAUGUUGGAGACGAACCAUCCUGUGGCCGUGGUGGUAUCANNUGGGCAUAA